AUGUCCACCUCGCAACCUCAGGUCGCCCCACCGGCAACCGGGGCACCGACCCCGUCUUCAAAUACACAGGACUCUACACCCCAGCCCCCAGCAAUACCAUCGGAAUCAGUUACCAGACCGAGUGCGAACACCAACGCGAAUGUGAACCAAGAUGCGCCGAUCGCUGCUGCGGGUACUCCCUCACCCGGUCCGAAUACGACAACUGCUGCAGCCCCACAAGCGACCACAGCUGAUGAACCACUUUCAUUGAACGACAAACUCAAUGCUGGCGACCGAUACUGGAAAUUCAAGUUCGCCAUCAUGGCCGUUAUCAUCAUAACUGGCUUGGUCGGCAUUGGCUGUUUUGCGUGGCUCAUGACCACGCGCACUGGGGCCUCUGAUUACUACAUCCUCGAUUCAUACUGGGGUUUAUGGCCCAGUCUAAUCUCUUGGUCUAUAUCCAUCGCCUGGUGCCUCAUCUGCAUCAUUGUCUUCGUUGUGCGGAAACGUACUGUACAUCCCGGUGUGCGCGUAUCGAUGGAACUACUCCUAUGGCUAGCCUUUAUCGUCACAGCGCUCUUUGCGCUUUUCUCUCUCCAGAACAUAAUGGAUUACGGCAUGUAUGGCGGCCCUGAUCAAUGGGGCUACGACUACUCUAGCUCCAGCUCUCAUGGCGAUUACGUCUUAGCGGCCAACAACACCUGGGUCUGGCAGGAAGAUACGAGCUACAUCACCAGUCCUCGCGAUUGCACCAGCCGCUACAGCGUCUUCUCCGAGAUGAACUUUAAAGACUGCGCCGAGCAAGAUGCAUUCGUCAACAAGCUUUGGGCCGAGAAGCCACAGCGCGCUAGGGUCAACCUGACAGGUGUCGUAUGCCAGUUCUUUGGCCUAGUCCUGCACUUUGUCCUCUUCGUCUGGGCCUGUGUCGACACCCACCGCCGCAACCGCACAAAAGUCAGCAAGGACGCCGAGAAACUCGCCGCGGGAAUCGUUCAGACUAUGAUCGACAACGGUGCUAUCAUACCCCCGCCAGGACAGGCACAUAUGCAGCCCGGCAUGGGACAGAGGAUGUACUAUCAGGUUCCUCCUCAAGGAUAUCCGGUUCAGCACAUGUAUAUGCAGCAGGCGCCAGGACAACAACAACAACAACCGCAAUUUGCAAUGCCGCAGCAGAUGGGGCAGCAGGGGUAUAUGGUGCCGAUGCAGUAUCAUCCUGCACAACAAGGUGCUGGCGCUCCAGGUGUUGGUGUGGCGGGGCCGAGCAAUGAAAAGGGUGCUGGACCGCGGUAUGCGUGA